AUGGUAACAAAUGGGCGCUCUUCCAGCGUUACAAAAUUGCUGCCGCCGACAUUUGGCAGGCGACAUUUGCAGUGCCUCUUGAUGUUUUUGGGCUUCGCUGCAGCGUUCGCUAUGCGCGUUAACCUCUCGGUAGCAAUUGUGGCCAUGAUGGACAGCAAAGCGGCGAAUCCGAAUUUUCGAGAGUAUCACUGGACGGAGAAGACUAAGUCGCGCAUACUCAGCAGCUUCUUCUGUGGCUAUAUUUGCACGCAAAUACCUGGCGGCAUACUGGCGCGUCGCUUCGGUGGCAAAGUGAUGCUACUCAGCAGCAUAUCCAUUAGCAGCGUAAUGGCGCUACUCACACCAAUCGGCGUGGACUUUGGUGGUUGGAAGUUGCUCUGUUUCAUGCGUUUCCUGCAAGGCAUUGGUCAAGGCGUGACUGUGCCUUCGAUGCAUACUUUGCUAGCCAAAUGGUCGCCUGUGCAAGAACGUGGCUCAUUGGCCACCUACAGUUAUUCGGGCUCACAAUUCGGUACUGUCAUUAUGUUGGCUACGAGUGGUCUGCUCGCUUCCUCAUCAUUGGGUUGGCCCAGUAUUUUCUAUAUACCCGGUGGUUUGGGUCUUAUAUGGGUAGUGGCAUGGAUAGUUUGGGGUGCAAGUUCACCGAGCGAAUGUACGAAAAUUGGCGCAGCAGAACGGGCUCUCAUAGAGUCAUCUUUACGUGAUAGCGUUAAACAGGACGAUGAUAAAUCCACUUUGCCUGUACCUUGGAAGAAAAUAUUUCUAUCGCGUCCAUUCUUGGUGUUACUGGUGACACAUUGCUCGUCGACUUGGUGCUUUUGGACGCUACUGACACAAAUACCCACUUAUAUGAAAAGUGUCCUGGCCAUGGAUAUCAAAAGCAAUGCCCUACUAUCGGCACUGCCUUACUUUGCUAUGCUGGUUUUGGGUCUAGCAUGCUGUCCCUUAAGCGAUUACAUAGAGAAGGGCAACCGCUUGAGUGUGACCACUAGUCGAAAACUCUUUAAUUCAAUUGGUCAGUGGGUACCAAUGGUGACACUUAUUUGGUUGGGUUACAUGACACGCGACCAGGCUGACUUGGCCGUAGUUCUGUUGACAUUUACUGUGGGCAUUAGCACAACACUGCAUCUGGGCUUUCAGGUUAAUCAUAUCGAUUUGGCGCCAAACUUUGCCGGCACGCUUGUAAGUCUUACCAAUUGUGCUGCCAACGUGUCGAGCAUCAUAGCGCCGUUAGUGGUGGGCUACAUUGUUACCGAUACGAGCAAUCCCAUCCAGUGGCGUAAAAUAUUUUUCAUUGCGGGUGGUAUAAACUUUUUUGGAAAUUUACUCUUCAUUUUAUUCGGCAGCGCCAAAGUGCAACCGUGGAAUGAUGAGAAAGUGGGAAAGAAUCAUGAAAUUAAGCCGCUUAAAGUAGAAAUGACGAGUGAUGUACCAAUCACUAGGAGGGAGUCUCAGUUAGCUGUUUGA